GCAUUGAUGUACAUUCCUACUUCGACCCUUGCAGGCGCGUGAACCGACAAGGUCACUUCGGCAUCGUCCAAGGUCGUCCCUGAGUUUGUCUCAUUAAGCUAACUUGUAUAACUUAUCAUGUUUUUAUUUGGGAAUAUCUUGCUUUUAUUUGCCAUUAAGUUAACCUUAAUUCCGCCAUAAAUUUCCUCAAAACUGAUACAGGGCUAUAACGAAUUUCCAGGCAAUGCUGUUGAAAUUACCGACGUUUUGCACAGUUUCCAAUAAACGUUAGAUCACUCGAAAUUGUAAGAUUAGUGGCUAUGCUGAAAUCAUGAUUUUUUUGGGUGACGCCUGGUUUUUGACACUGGCUAAGUUUAUGUUCAUGAUCUUUACGGGCUGGUCUGUUUUUUUUCGUGUUACUUUCCUAAACAAAGAAAUCCUAACAUGGUGUGUUCUUCUUGCAAACAAGAAAUACCAGAUUGGGCGAUAAAACCAUGCAGUCAUCAAAGUUUAUGAGCAGAAACGGCAUUCCAUUGCAAGCUAUCUGUCGGUAUCGAAGUUUUGGUAUCAAAUUAAAGAGCUUUGAUCCACCUUAUUUGUCUGCCAAACCGCCAAUUCAUGUUUAUCAAAGUUUACAGUUCGAUGUAAAAGGGCAUGACUACGUGCAGUUAGAGAAAUUCACUUCAUAUAUUCACAAAUUUUUUAACAACUGCGGUUAUGAAGUUGAAAGUUUUCCACUGCCUCCCAACAAAAAGCUCUACCGACUUUACCAUACCAAUUCAACAAAUAUCCGAUCAGAUUUCGAAAUAUCUGAAUUCCGAAGAAUAUAUAGAAUAUCGGGUGUAAAAGCUGUUCACUUACCAAUAUUGUUAGAUCUUAUCUAUCAGAACUUAUCUUCAGGGAUUAAAAUUGAUGUUGGAAAGAUGGAUACUUCCUUAGAUGAAGGUCGUUUCGUUCCACAACUUGAAAAAGAAGCUUUGGAGAAGGAGUUAUCGAAACUGAAAGCCUAGAAAUUUCUAUCUUGUUGGCAUUUUGUACACAAUUAAAGCUAAUUCUUAGGCACUGGUAUUUUUGUUUGCUAUCCUAUUUGAUUGAGCUCUUGAUAAGGUAUAUGGAAAGCUUCUAUGUUAGAAAUUUAAUUAAAGUGGAC